GAAUAAAAGUACUAAGAAGGGGCAAAAACGAAGCCGUCAGCCAAGAUUUGCAUUCAUGACUAAGAGUGAGAUUGAUCAUCUGGAAGAUGGCUACCGAUGGAGAAAGUAUGGGCAGAAAGCUGUCAAAAACAGCCCAUUUCCAAGGAGCUACUACCGAUGCACGAACAGCAAAUGUACGGUGAAGAAACGAGUCGAGCGAUCCUCCGAAGACCCCUCCAUUGUGAUCACCACAUACGAAGGCCAACACUGCCACCACACUGUAUCCUUCCCUCGUGGCAGUGCUCAUGCUCAGAAUGCAGCAGCCUUUGCCGAUCACGUUGCUUUAUCUCCUCCACAGCUAUAUCUACCGGCCAUGCAGUUCCAUCAGAAUCUUGCAGUGGGUGCAGGCCAGUUGCUGCAAACCCCCCGUGGACAGCAUCAACCAUCCCUACCAGCGAGAACUUCGCCACUUCCCACUGAUGAGGGUCUUCUGGGUGACAUGGUGCCACCUGGGAUGAGAAACAGAUAGAGGCCAUAUAAUAAUCGGGUACAUUGAAAGACUCUUUUAACCUCUAUUUGACUUUUGCUUCCUUUAGAACUAAGAUAAUAGUAGGUACCACCUUAGCAGUAUUGUUGCCAUCGGACUGCCCAUCAUUUCAACUAGUGGCAGUGGUUUUAAUGGGCAUGGAUUUUUAGAAAUAUGUACGGUAUCCAUGCAAGAGUUAAAGAUAUGUACAUUAAAAACAAGUGUGAUUUCUACAGAAAAAGAAAAAAAAAAAAGUAGAUGUUAUGUGCAAUAAAAAAAUUUAUUUAAUAUCUUAAACAGGUCAAUCAGACCUUAACACAUAAACAGCUCCAUGCAUGGGAAGCCCGGGUGCAUGACUCAUGAUUGAUAAUACGAUGGUGGUGAUAGUGAUGGCAAUGUUGAGAAUAAUGAUGAUAAAACGUUAGCGCAUUUGUUGAGUAGUAAUUUUGAGAUUGAUGACAAUUUUAGUUGUUCUUAGAUAGCUUUUAUCAUGAUGUCCUCCGGACGUGAUCUUAACCAUGGCAUAUGCAUCUCCCAUUUUGGUCGGUAUAUAUGCUAUUAAUCUUCUUAAUUUUUCUUUGCUUCUAUUUCUUGGUCCUGACAAUCCUGGUAUAUCCAUGCAAAAGGUGUCGGCUAAUUAUAUGUUCUUUUUCCUAUGCUUCUUUGUGUCUGCAUUAUUAUUUAUUUAAAAAUGAAUCAAUCAAAUCUACCAUGCAGUGUCAUUACACCCACAUACCACUGCGUAAAUGCCGUAGUAGCAACACUAUAAUUUGCUGCUAUCUUAUAUUUUGUUUAUCGUUUUGAUAUAAUCUUUUGCCAGGUGUAUUGACUUCUCUCUGUCGUAAUAUAAA